AUGGACACUGAUAAGAAAUUACACGGGCUCUUAUGGGAGUACGUGAGCCAGAAUACCCAUUUAGUAGAACAGGUAGCCUUUACAGUUGGUGGUUGUAUACCGGAACAUAGAGCACAUGUUGUCGGUAAAUCGGCUGACGUUUUGCAGUCUUCGGAGAGCCGUAUAAAUAGCGUAAAAGUUUUACGUUUUCAACUCUCAAAUAUUUUAAAUGCUUUAGAAGAAGUUUCUGAGACAGCUAAUGAUUUGAUGGCCCGAAAAGUAAAUAUUGCGAGUAAAAGUUUACAAGAUCAUAAUACGGAUAUAAAUACUUCUGUAAAAAUUGUUCAAAGUCUUAUACAGUUUUUGCAUCAAUAUAGAGAAAAUGGGUUUAAUUUUGCGAAAAUUGCUGCUAAAAAAUUAGCCGAAGAUGCCGAUAUUGCAGUUGCUUUCAAAAAUCCAAGAGUAAGAAAAAAGACGAAAUUAUUCGAUUAUGAAAAUGUCGACGAACCUGUGUUAAAUAAUGAAGAUCGGUUUCUUGACGAAGAUACAAAUACGCUCCAGGCACUUAAUAUUUUAAAAACAACUCACGGAUCAUUUCCUAAUCUAACCAUUGCUCUUAGAAUAAUGCUAACUAUUCAUGUGACAUCAGCUUGUGCAGAAAGAAGUUUUUCAAAGCUAAAAUUAAUAAAGACUUAUUUGCGCAAUCGGUUAGGCCAAGGCAAACUUUCUGAACUAGCUUUAAUAUCAAUUGAAGAAGAAAUAUCGUCCACCAUCGACUACAAACAUCUCAUCGACAUCUUCGCUUCGAAAAAGUCUAGAAAGAAAAUGUUUAGGUAA